CCGUUUCUCCGCCAGCAUGCCGAUGUUCGUGGUGAACACCAACGUCCCCCGCGCCUCCGUGCCGGACGGGCUCCUUUCUGAGCUCACUGUGCAGCUGGCGCAGGCCACCGGCAAGCCGGCCCAGGACAUCGCAGUGCACGUGGUCUCAGACCAGCUCAUGGCCUUCGGCGGCUCAAGGGAGCCGUGCGCGCUCUGCAGUCUGCACAGCAUCGGCAAGAUCGGAGGCGCGCAGAACCGCUCCUACAGCAAGCUGCUGGGCGGCCUGCUGGCCGAGCGCCUGCGCGUCAGCCCGGAUAGGCUCUACAUCAACUACUACGACGUGAACGCGGCCAACGUGGGCUGGAACGGCUCCACCUUCGCGUGA